AUGCCGCCCCGCGCAAAACCGACUGCGCCCACAACACGCAGCACCCGCUCGACGCGGCCCGCAGCAGCGAAGCCACAGACGGCAGUAGUGCAGCCAAAGACAAAGACAAAGACGGCAGCACCCAGCACGAAGAGUAAGAAACGCACCCGCGACGACACCGAAGACGGCGAUGGAGAGGGGGGUGGAGAGAGCGGGGGGGAUAGCGUGGCUGCGUUCUACGGACACGGGCAUGGGCAUGGGCACGGGGGGGCUAAGAAGAAGAGGCGUGGACAUGAUGGGCCAGCAGCAGCAGCAGUAGCAAAACCGGUGCCGCGGUCAUUACCCCCACCAAGCACCGAACCCACGACCACGGCCACGCCGCCGCCCCAAUCCACGGCAGCAGAGACACAGGCAGAGGCAGAGGCGUCGCCGUCCAAGCGCCUCAAGUUCGACCCCGACGUGCACGGCAAGGAGCUGCAGGAGCGCUUCCUCCAGCUGCAGGAAGACCACUUCGAGAAGCUCGUCUCGCCGCGGAAAGGGUCAGCGAGCGUCGAGCCCAUCACCCACCCCAACCCCAACCCCAAGCUCAAGUCGAAACCCAACCCCAAAUCCAAACUCAAGUCCAAACCAAAGCCCAAACCAAAGCCCAGAGUCCCGCCCACGACCCGCCCCACCCCCGCGCAGACACUAACACUCACGGAGCGUCUCCAGCGCCUCACCAACCCCGGUGCCAACCCCGCCACUACCACCACCACGACCACGACCACGACCAGCAUCCUCCCCGUGCGCCCCGCCGCCGUAAAGUCCUCCAAGCCACUCACAAAGCCGUCGUUCGAGCUGCCGGGCGACGCACACAUGAAGAAGCGCGCCGCCGAGCGCGAGGAGCGGCGCAAGCGCAUGGAGGACGCAGCAGCGGAGCGGGAGGCCGCGAAGCGCGCCGGGAGGGUAGUUGUAGCAGGCAAAGCGGGGGGGUCCCGCGCCGGUAGUGCCAGUGCCCCGGGGAAGAGCAGUGGUAGUGCUGCGACGACGACGACGACGACGACGGCGGCCCCAGUACAGCAGCCAGCACGAGUACCAACACCCCCACCAGCACCAGCGCCAGCGCCAACACCAGCGCCAGCACCAAUGUCGAUUUCGUCGCUGUCGCCCGUGAAGCUAACGUCGUCAUUGAUACCCUCGUUCGUGUCGCGCGGCAUCACGGCGGUCACGGGACUGGGCGGCGCGCGCUCCCCCGCGCCCAAGGCAGCGUCCCCCCCACCAGCAGCAGCACCAGCAGCAGUGCCAGCAGAAUCCGCGCCAUCACCGCCACCAGCGUCCCCAGAGCCCUCGCCAGCGUGCGAGCCGACCGCCGACGCCGACGCCCAGCUCAGCAGCGAGCAGCGCGAAGAGGAGGAAGCGCUGGUGCUGCGGCUGCGCGCCGAGGCCGCCGAGAAGGGGAGGGAGUCGGCGAGGGCGUGGGCGGAGCAGAUGAGGGUGAAGGCGGAGCUGGAGCGCGGGGGUGGAGCGUCGUGA